AGUUCCGACGCAUUCAAAAUGGCGACACCCAUGUGGACUAGAAUCGUCCGACAAGGUUGUUGUCGAAUUUGUCGCCUACAGAAUGUGAAACGUAGAACAUUUUGUAGUAAAGGUGGUGAGACAAUUCCAUUUUCCUCAGUACCAUUGACAGAGCGUUUGCCAGGGUUACCACUGCCAAAAUAUGCAACCGUUGACAACCAGAAACAGGUGACACAGGUGACUACACUGGAGAAUGGACUCCGAGUGGCAUCAGAGAACAAGUUUGGACACUUCUGUACUGUUGGAGUGUUAGUGGACUCUGGAUCGAGAUAUGAAGUUGCUUAUCCAGGUGGAAUUUCACAUUUUUUGGAAAAAUUAGCAUUUAAUUCAACAUCACAAUAUAGUCGAGAUGAAAUUUACCAGAUUCUAGAAAAACAUGGUGGAAUCACUGAUUGCUUGUCAGCCAGAGACACAUUGAUAUAUGCUAUGUCAGCCGAGUCUACAGCACUUCCUCUGUUAUCCAAUAUUCUGGCUGAGGUCACUCUAAGACCACAACUUACUGAACAAGAGAUUGAUGAUACUAGAACCACGGUGACAUAUGAACUAGAAUCCGUGGAAAUGAACCCCGACCCUGAAUCCAUACUUAUAGAAAUGUCACAUGCAGCAGCAUACCAGAAUAACACACUAGGCCUGCCCAAGUUGUGUCCAAAACAGAGUAUCCCCACCUUGGACCGCAACACACUACUAUCAUACAUGUACCACCAUCACACUCCCGACAGGAUGGUGGUGGCUGGAGUGGGCGUUGAUCACCAACAGUUUGUUGAGGCUGUCAAGGAAAGCUUCCUCAACAAAAUUCCAGUAUGGGAGGAUAAUCCAAAAGUCAUCAACCCAUCAGCAGCCUGUGAUCGGUCUGUGGCACAGUACACAGGUGGUCAAGUCAAGGUAAAUAAGGACCUGUCAUCUGUCAGUCUGGGACCUAACCCCAUGCCUGAUCUUGCCCACCUUGUCUUAGGCUUGGAGAGCUGUUCCCAUAAGGAAGAUGACUUUGUGUCAUUUUGUGUCCUUAACAUCCUAUUGGGAGGUGGCAGUUCCUUCUCCUCAGGGGGACCUGGCAAGGGCAUGUACACCCGACUAUAUACACAUGUUCUCAACAGAUACCACUGGAUAAACAGUGCCUCUGCUGUAAAUCAUGCUUAUGAAGAUACUGGUUUCUUCUGCAUCCAUUCUAGCUGUCACCCUGACCGGUUGGGUGAGCUUGCUGAGGUCAUUGCUCAUGAAUUCUGUGAAACAGCUGGCAACAUUCGGGCAGAUGAGCUGGACCGAGCCAAGACCCAACUGCAGUCCAUGUUGAUGAUGAACCUAGAGAUGCGUCCAGUUAUGUUUGAAGAUGUUGGGCGCCAGGUACUUGCCAAUGGACACAGACGGCCUGUAGAGUACUAUUUUGAUGCUAUUGGUAAUAUCACAGCCGCUGACCUACACAGGGUGGCCACUCGCAUGCUCAAAACAAAACUCAGUGUCGCAGCAUACGGAAACCUGAAGAAACUGCCCUCCUACGAGGAAAUGCAAUCCUACAUUGGAGGGAAAAGCAGCUUGUAUAAACAGUACAAUCUGUUUAGAAUGAGGCGGUGAUUGUGUGUGAGCAUAGUUUAUAUAACUUAAUAUACAUAAACGGGAGUCAGACACAAGUAACAGGGCUGGAAAAGAUGUCGAAAGCAAAUCUGAUUGAGAGAUCAUGAUGGUUAUUUGAAAUGGCUGCAAUGGAGAAGCACUAGACAGCUACAAACUUGUUGAUGUUGUGUAAAGUGUUUCUGUUGAGUGUGUAUUUGAUUAAAAUGUUUCCCUCUCAGAGAGGAAAUAUUUGAUUUUGCUGUAAGCAUUAAAGACAAUGGUUCCAUGCUGAGGGACAAUGUGUGUGGUUAUUGUAGUCCAUAUAGUUGAUUUAAAGUAAUUUCACAAAGUAGGUCCUUAAAGUCAAAACAGAUUAACAGUGUUUGAUAUCCUAAACAGUUUUGUCAACUCAAGGAGAAUACCGUCUAAAUCUAAAUACAAGUACAUAACUGGUAAGAAAAUAGGAUCUUUAUGUAAAUAACUGUGAAGAAUGCUGUCUUUAUUUUAAACUGGUUAUUUCAUUAACUAAUACUGGAUUGAUUCUGUAAUUUUAAAACUUUGACUCGACUUUUGGUAAGGGUUUAUUGCAGAACAGUGAAGUACCUGAUAGUAUUUUCACUGAAGAUCAAUAGAAACUACCGAACAUCAGUAGACAUGGAUAGGCUUAUAUAACCAGACAUGGACUUACCAGUGGAUAUGUGUGGUAUGUUAAGUACAUAAGAGGUGUUAGUAAUUAUAAGGGUGUGUACAAACAACACAGUAAAGUAAGUCAACUAUUCUUUUUCAUUUCAACAAAUUUGAUUGUACUAGAUGUAAUUAUAAUAUGGUACAAUCGGAUUGGACAUCAGACAUAGCCUAUAUCAGUCAACAGCAGUCUAAUGAAUGACAGUAGAACAAGGACACCAUAUCUGAACCUCUCCAUUUGGGAGGAGGGGGACAUCAUUUGGCCAGUUAUAUAGGUGUUUGGAUAUAUGAUUUCCUAUCACCAUGUAAACAUUGGGGGACAUGAUGGAAGUUCAGAUACGGAGUGUUCUACUGUAUAUUCAUUAUAGAACUUUAUUAUCAUAUGGAUCUUAACUUUUUUUUAUCUCAUAUCUCAUUGUCAUGAAUGAGUCUGAAUAUUUAUUUUCUAUAUUUGUUGAGUAAGAUAAUAAUUAUCUUAUUUGAUGAAAAUAAAUACACUUUAAACUUUACAA